AUGCUGGUGGAUGAAUCGGAGUCCAAUAGUGAUGGGUUGGGCAGUGAGAGUGAGUCAGGAACCUCUGACAGCAGUUCAGAGUCGAGUGACAAGAGUGAAGAGUCAGAGACAGAUAAGGAUAGGGAUGAUGAAGAUCAGCACUCACAUGUCCAAACUUGCACUUCACCACCUUCCGACUCAUCCGACCAACCAUCAAUGCAGGCCCAGCUUGCCAUGCUGGAGGUAAAAGUCAAAUCCUUGGAGUUUGAGCUGCAUUCUGCCAAAGCUCACUGUGCAAUGGCGCUGAGCAAGGUGGGCUUGAUGAAGAAACAACUCAAUAAGUGGCAAAAAAAGACACAGGCAAGGAAUAUCAAUGCACGAUGGUUGACGUCUGCGGAGGGACUGCAGCAGUGUGAGGAACAGGAUGUGGCGAGGGAGGCCAAGGCUCAGAAGAAAGCAGAAGCGGCGGCACAGAAAGCAUCGAGGCAGGCGAACAUCCGUUUCAUCACCGGCGCUCUUUCCACGAAAAGCAAGGAAAACCUCAUCAACAUCGUGAAUCAGCUGAAGAUCGAGACAACAGGCACCAAGGCUGAGUUGUUGAAGGCCAUCAGAGAGUACUUUGAUUCUCAUACCAAUCUCAAAAAUGAUGUGUGA